UUUAUUGAGAUACUAAUGGGCAUAGGAAACUUUGACCUUCAGCUUGAUACCAGACUGAUAAUAACCAUAACAGGUAUGACAGCAGCUUUCCUUUUGUAUUGUUCUCUGAAACAAAGCCGGUUUGUCUGUACAGGUUUGGUGGGUCAAGGCAGCGAAAUUCCGAAGACAAACCAGAAUCAUCAGGAGUUUGGAGCGUUUAGAGGCUUUCAUCGUAUCGUCAUGAAGAAGACGUUUUUGGUUCUGUUAGGCAUCGCCAUCGUUCUUCUUGCUACAGCCGAGGGUAGGAGAGGUCGAAAGCGAGGAGGAAAAGGUAAAGGAGGCUUUUCUCGGCCAAACAAAAAAGCCUGUACCAAAAACUGCAAUAUUUGUGACCGAGAAGGAACCUGCCUCGAGUGCGAUGACGGAUUCGCUAAAGUCACUUUCCCGAAACGAUCUAAGACAGUCUGUGUUCCUUGCAGCAAACGAGGAAAAAAGACUGCUCUGAAUGGAGACAUGUCCAAGUGCCCUCCAGUAACUACGACAGAUCCUUCGCUGAGCUGUCCGCAAAAGUGCUCCAGCUGCAAGAAUGGAGCGUGCCUUGUUUGCGAAAGUGGUUUCGCUUUAGUCACUGGACGUAAGAAUAAAACAGCUUGUAUUUCCUGCGCUACUGGGAGAAAUGGUAAAAGGAUAGACAAAUCACAAUGUGGCUCAGAAAGUUGUGGGAAAAACUGUCUAACAUGCACAAACGGAACCUGUACAGAAUGCGCAAACGGUUUUCAACUGAACCAAGACAAGAAUAUGUGCAAAAAGAUAAAAGAUUGUGGAAAGGGCUGUAAGACAUGCGUAUCAGGAGUUUGCUCCGGUUGCAACGAGGGCCUCGUUCUCGGCCGUAAAUCAAGAAGAUGUGUGAAAGCUUGUUCAAGAGCAGACCCCAACUAUAAAUCGCAAGCCUGUGAAGGAAAACGUAACGAAAAAGGACGAAAAAAGAAGCGAAAAGGAGGCAAAGGAAAACCAAAGCGAAAGAGACGACCGAACCCAACACAGCCCACUGCAGAGCCACACUAAUAUAUCCUCACCCCAAAUUGCGUGUGUUCAAACGCUCGCGAAGUGAAAAUCUUGUUUUUACCAAUUUAAUUCCUUCUGUAGUGUAUUAUCGGAUUUGUAAUGGUCGGGCGUUUCCAUCUGUUUUUAUCUUAUUCCCCCAGGAUAGUCCAAGAAAAUUCGUAAAUAGCAAAAUCAACCAAUUGUUCCUGGCAUUUUAUUUUUCUGCAUUACUGUUUCUCCCGGCUUUAACCUUGGCAAAAUCCUGUCCACAUGCUACCCUAUAUUAUGUUUACGAACAUGUAAUCAAGGAUCAAAACUUACAAACAUUAGACACUAUGUGACGGGGGUUGCAUUCAAGCGUUUGAACACAAAAUUUGGUAAUUUGUUCAAUUUUGUCUUUUUCACUUUUUUUUUUUUUUGUGUAACUUUGUAGAAUUUUAUGCCGAGUGCUUGACACAUCUCGUUUUAGUAUGAAUUGAAUAUAGAACUGGCGAUGAUAUAGAGAGUUCAUCGAAACUGUACAAAGUGUGAGUACAGUUAGGGCCGUGUCAAAUAUUUUGUUCUUUUAAUAAAGCUGUUAAUAAAGUAA